GUCAGUCAAAGCGGAAGUGGCUGCGAAAGAUAGUAGCAUACAAGCGAUAUAUUCUCAUCUUAAUCAACAAAAUACAAUAUCCACAGGUUAACUUUGUUUUGACGUAAAGGAUCAUUAGCUGAAACUGAAGAGAUAUGGCUAGCUAGCUAUCUACCUUUUCCACAAGGGGAAAAAAAACGGUGGGCAGACGCUUGGUAGCUACCUAACGUUAGCUGUUUUAUACAAGGUACCUGGUCAUCUAAAGUGUAUGGACUUCCUGCUGUCUUCUUCUACUACAGGUCAUCUAAAGUGUAUGGACUUCCUGCUGUCUUGCCAUUGACUGCAUUGUUGUUGUUCCCAACAGCAGGACAACAUGAGUGGAGAGAAGGAAACAUUGUUGGAUGAAAUUGAACAGCGUUUAUUUACUCUAACUAAGGACAAUAUACUUUACCUGUGUGAACGUUGUGGAAUUGAUGUCUCCCAAGUUAAAGGAAAGCACCAUCGCUCAUUGCGACGUAAAAUCAUGGAGGAAAUGUGGGAAAAUGCAGAUUCAGUCAAUUCGGAGGAGCAGGGAAUGUCUUGGUUACUCCGACUGAAAGAUGAUAUCAGAAAGAUACAUGAAGAAUCUACUGUGGCACCCAUGAGUCCCAGCCAGUCUGAUGAUGAUGAUGCUACAACCUGCGGCGAGGAAUGGGACAUGCAGGACAAGGAUUGGUUUCCUAGCAACAGGCUGGAGGCGGAGUCAUCUCCAGAGAGCCACACUCCAGAGCAGAGGGAGAGUGGUGACAAGCCUACUUUGCCGCCUUCCUCCCUCCAGUCCCUGGGUUGUGCCUCUCCCGGUAGUGCUUUACUGUGGGGGGCAUCUGUGUGGCUGGAUGACUGCAGGAAAACACCCGGGCUGAGUGGAACUGUGAGAGGAGGAGAAAAAGAGGGAGAUUUGACUGAUCAAAGAAAGAGACGUGACUAUCCUGGUUCCUCUGGAGCGCCUAAAAAACAUCCUGAUGCUGAUAAGGCAGAGAAAAGUCUUUCCAGAUCAGAACACCUUGAGAAACAUGAAUGGAGACCCACAGGGAUGAAACAUCACCGCUGCUCUGACUGUGGGAAGAGUUGCAAAUCUUCAUCAGAACUAAAAAAACACCAGAGAAUCCAUACAGGAGAGAAACCUUAUAACUGUGAUCAAUGUGGGAAGAGUUUUCGUUAUUCAAGCCAGUUUAAAAUACACCUGCGAAAACACACAGGUGAGAAGCCUUAUAGCUGUUCAGACUGUGGGAUAAGCGUUUGUACCUCAAGUCAGCUGUUAUCGCACAAGCGAACCCACACAGAAGAGAAGCCUUACAGCUGCUUACUGUGUGAGAAAAGAUUUUCUUCAAAAUAUAGUCUGAAAUUACACCAGCGGUUCCACACUGGAGAAACAAAUUAUGGCUGCGAUCAGUGUGAGAAGAGUUUCACCUCGUUGGCAGACCUCAGAACUCACCAGAGAAUCCACACCGGAGGGAAACCUCACCUCUGCUCCCAGUGUGGGAAGCGCUUCCGCCAACAAUCACGCUUGAAAAGCCACGAGAGGAUUCACACAGGAGAGAAACCUUUCCAGUGCUCCCACUGUGGGAAGACGUUCAGCCACAGGGCCACGUUUAAAGCACACCAGCGGACUCACACUGGAGAGAAGCCUUACCAAUGCUCCCAGUGCAGGAGGAGUUUCUCCCAAAUGGGCCACCUGAAAGUACACCAACAGACGCAUGCUAAAGUGAGGUCUCACCUCUGCCCGCAGUGUGGUAAGGGCUACUACUCUCUAGACAUCUACAAUGCACACAUGAGAACACACAACGGUGAGAAGACUCACCACUGCGCCGACUGUCCCAAGAACUUCCUCACCCUGACUCAGCUCAAAACACACCAGCGGACACACACAGGAGAGAAACCAUACGUCUGCGACCAGUGUGGGAAGAGCUUUGCCGAAUCGGGAAGCCUGACUCUACACCAUCGCUCGCACACCGGGGAAAAACCUUACCACUGCUCUGAGUGCGGGAGGAGCUUUGCUCGCUCCGGGGCACUGAAGAAGCACCAGCUUACACACACUGGGGAGAAGCCUUACAGCUGUGGUCAGUGUGGAAAGAGGUUUCCCAGGUCAGAUACUCUGGCUACACACAUGAGAACACAUACAGGAGAGAAGCCCUAUAGGUGUGAUCCAUGUGGUGAGAGGUUCUCCUAUCAUAGGUGCCUGGUAAAACACAUGAAAACACAUGUAGGAGAUACUCCAGCCCUCGAGCGACCAAUCACCCUAGGCCUCGGGGUUGAAUGACCUGUCCAUCAACCAAUCACACCAGACUUAGGGUAAAAUGGAAAUGUCUUACAGAUUAAAUAUGAACAGCAUGGUAGCAAUUGAAAGAAAAAAGUUGAGGACACAACAGUUCACCUGACACAAGACUGAAUCCAAAUAUUACUGUCGAUUUUAUAUUUUCUGUACAUUAGGCCACAUUGAUAACAUGUUACUGAACAGCCAUUGCGUUCUAAUUUCAACCUCUAUACGGGUAUGAGUGUAAAGGGUUAAUGGCUUAUAUUAUUAUUAUUAUUCUAUAUUGUUAUUAAUAUGGGUUGUUCGUUGCUGAGUGUUGUAACAUGGUGCCAAUUUCAAAGCUAUAUUUCUUGAAAUUAUUUCAGAAUGUGUUGACCCUGAUUUGUUAGAUUUCGCGCCCCCUCCCCCCAGCAUUUACAAGCUGAAUUGUUAUGUUGUUGACUUGAUUAAACAUUUAGGAUGUUUCUAAAUAUCUGUUUUAUACCAGGUUCUAACAUGCAUCCUUUUGUCCUGAUCUUGUCCACAUUCUGAUUGUGACCACAUUUUAAGACGGGUGUAAACAAUCAAAAGACACAUUGUGAUCAGAUCUUCCUUCCUACCCCCGGAGGUAUUCAGGCACACAUUGUGCAGAUGGAUCUGGAUCUUUUUUUCCUUUUUUUUUUUAAUGGAAUAUCUACAUAGGCGUACAGAGGCCCAUUAUCAGCAACCAUCACUCCUGUGUUCCAAUGCCACGUUGUGUUAGCUAAUCCCAGGUUAUC